GUUCCAAUUCCUCUUUACUUCUACACGUAAUUUUGUCUUAGUUCUUUCCCUUCUAAUUGUUAAUACUUUGAAAGUAGAAAGUAGAAGAGAAAAAGAAAACUCAGAGGCCAUUCUUCCAACUUUGAGAAAGGAAAUAAAUAACUGAAUUAAAAAGUGGAUUCCUUUGAUCAUUUGAAGGGUAGCAAUACCCUUGAUCAAAUGAUGGAGAGUGGACCUAUUGAUCAGCCUAAACCACAACAACAAAUGUGGUGUGAGAAAAAACAGACUGCUGUCCAUGAGGAAAUCAAGAGAAUGAACCAACUUCCUGCUAAUAGUGCAUAUGGCAUGCAUCGUCUUAAGGUUCUUAAUAAAAUUCUGCAAUUAAUGUCAGUUAAGAGAACUGUAUCACAGGAGCAGCAGUUGGAGUUGCUUUUUGCGGGCCUUUCUCUGUAAGAGUUAUCAUUGAUGAUGCCCCUCGUAAUCUGCACCUUGAAGGUCAAAGGGGAAAGCACAAGGCUUGUGGCUGUCUUUAAACAAUCUUGCUCCUCUUUAGCUACUGUGUUUAAUAUAAUAAUAAUAUACAUCAUGUUGCAUGUAAAAACAGCCUCCAUCCCCUGUUUUCCUUCAUGUCAUUAGUGGUUCAUUCAUGCUAUGGAUGAUGAUCUUUCUUUCAUAUUCUGUUCAUGGAUCAUCUAAGUCCGUUAUUGAUAAAUUACGUAAUUCAUGCUAUGGAUGAUCUUUCUUUCACAAGCUGGUCAUAGUUCAUCUAUGCCCAUUGUUGAUAAAUUCUGUAAUGGCUCUGGAAAUGACCUGAAAAAGAAAAUGUUGAACCCCAGUGCAAAAUAUAUUGUCAAUGUUGUUUGAGUUUUUUGAGUUGUUAGAACAAAAUUUUAGGGUGAUGGUAUUAUUUUUUUGUGUUGUUUAAUGAAGACACACAUUAGUGAUUUUGGGUACAGUC